AUGGCUAUUUUUUAUUCACUGAAAUGGAUUAAGAAGACUCUCAAAGGGAAAUAUGAUGUACAUAUUUAUUCUGACAGUCUGACAGUUCUUCAAGCUCUCUCACGACCUGAUCAAGACAACCCUUUAACGGUAUAUAUUAGAGAAUUAUAUAAAGACUUGAGAGAAGAUCAAAAUAUUGUGUUUAAUUGGGUGAAGGCACACGUUGGACAUUUUGGAAAGGAGAGGGCGGACGCACUGGCCAAGGAGGCAAUGACCGAUGUUAAUGCUCGCGAUGUUGAUGUACAGGGAUCAAAAAGGCAAGCUGUGACUAUUAUGAAAAAUUAUUAUUUAUGA